GCCAGGAGCCCCAACAGGUCUGCAGAGGGUAGCCCUUUUCCUGGGGAGUAGGUCCUUUGACAAGGCCUUGUGGCCAGGGAGUGGGCCCGUGGGGGUCUUGGGCUGUCACUGGGACUCCACAGAGCCAUGCAGAACCCUGGGCCAUGACGGACUACUCAGAUGUGAUCAUCGGCACAGAGGCGACAGAACUGAGCAAGACUGAGUUCUGCAAUCCUGCUUUCGAGCCCGAAGCAGCACCGCCUUGUCCUCCUUCGGCCUUCCUGCAAGAUGCCAGCUGCAGCGCCCGAGCUCCCUGGCACGGUCAGCGUCACCGAAGGAUGCGGCCAGACUGCCACUUCUCUUGGCUCUGUGUCUUCCUGCUCUUCCUCCUGCUGCUCCUGCUGCUCGGGCUGCUGGUGGCUGUCAUCCUGGCCCAGUUGCAGGCUGCACCCCCAUCUGGAGCCACGGAGAGCCUUCGGUCCACCGCCAGAGCCACCCCUACCAGCACCACCACCUCCCCGGCAAUUGCAGAGCAGCAGGAGGCAGGCAUGAGUCCCCCACACCAGGCCUCCUGUGGGGGCCUCCUUCCUGGUCCAAGAGGCUUCUUCAGCAGCCCCAACUACCCAGACCCUUAUCCGCCCAACACCCACUGUGUGUGGCAUAUCCAGGUGGCCACAGACCACACAGUACAGCUCAAGAUCGAAGCUCUCAGCAUGGAAAGUGUGGCCUCCUGUCUUUUCGAUCGCUUGGAAAUCUCCCCAGAGCCAGACGGCCCCCUCCUUAGGGUCUGCGGGAAGGUGCCUCCUCCCACGCUCAACACCAACACGAGCUGCCUCCGGGUGACCUUUGUCUCUGACAGCAGUGUAGAAGAGUCUGGUUUCCAAGCCUGGUACCAGGCUGUAGCCCCCGGGCAUGAGAGCUGUGCCCAGGAUGAGUUCCCCUGUGACCAGCUCAUCUGUCUGCUGCCUGAAUCAGUGUGUGAUGGUUUUGCCAACUGUGCGGAUGGCAGUGACGAGGCCAACUGCAGUGCUCCGCUCUCCGGGUGUGGGGGGAACCUGACUGGGCUCCAUGGCACCUUUUCUACUCCUAACCACCUGCAGCAGUACCCUCAGCAGCAGCUUUGCACCUGGCAUAUCUCAGUGCCUGCGGGACACGGUGUAGAACUACAGUUCCUCAACUUCAGCCUGGAUGCACAGGAUGAGUGCAAGUUUAACUACGUGGAGGUGUAUGAGGCCAGCAGCUCUGGAGCCCUCAGCCUCCUGGGCAGGUUCUGUGGAGCAGAGCCACCCUCCCACCUCACCUCCUCACAUCAGGAACUGGCUGUGCUCUUCAGGACGGAAGAUGGCGUCAGCGGCGGGGGCUUCUCAGCCAGCUACCGGGCCUUGAAUGCCACAGAGAACCCCUGUGGGCCCAGAGAGCUCUUCUGCCAGGACGGAGGGUGUAGGGAUCUGCAGGGGAUAUGUGACUGGUGGAGAGACUGUGCAGACGGCAGCAAGAACAACUGCAGCAGCUUCUUGUUUCCACCCCCAGUGCUGGCCUGUGAACCCAUCCAGGUGGAGAUGUGCACGGGGCUGAGCUACAACACCACAGCCUUCCCGAACAUCUGGGUGGGCAUAACCACCCAGGAGGAAGUGAUUGAUCUCCUCAGAGGCUACAAGAGCCUGGCCAGUCUUCCCUGCUACCAGAAUUUCCGGAGGCUCCUCUGCGGGCUGCUUGUGCCUCGCUGCACCCCACUAGGCAGCAUCCUCCCCCCUUGCAAGGCCGUCUGCCAGGAGGCAGAGCGUCAGUGUCGGUCUGGCCUGGCCCUACUGGGCACCCCUUGGCCCUUCAACUGCAACAGGCUGCCUGAGGCAGCUGGCCUGGAAGCAUGUGCCCAGCCCUGACCCAGAAGCCGGCCCCUGUCCUCUGCCUGCCCAGCCUCCUUUUGCCUGUGUGGGCAGGCGGGGAGGGAGCAAAGGAAGAGGGACCUUUGCCGGGGACUCCACAUCUCCUCUGGGACUUCCCAGGGAGAAAGAGGAGGAGCCCCCCAACCCCAGCUUAAUGGAACACUCCCACCCUCACUCUCCUUCCUUGCCCCUUUGUUUGCCAGAGGGCCCACAGGGGCACCAUCCACCGUCUCUGACCCCGACUUCCCCUCUCACACCUUGCCCUCUUCCGGCUGCCUUUUCAAUUCUACCACCUGCCCCUCGGCUUUCUC